AUGGAACCAGUCUACUGCGGAUAUAGACUGAGUCUGGAGAGAAGAAAUUCCAAUUAUUCUGGCGUGCCGACUGCCAUCUUCAACUUCUCGGUCAAGUGGCACCAUCUGCUAGUCUUCGUCGAUCAAGUGGGAGUGCCGAUAAAUCUUCAAGACACUACACUUUCUGAGUCGAGUCAGUCGCUUGAGAUGCCACUCUGCAUCUUACCAUGGCAAUCCCUCUGCGAAACGCACUUAAAGAGAGUUCUUGAUGCUUUGGAUGUUCGUAGCAGCUUUCGGGCUGAUCUUAUGAGACGUAUUAUGGUUACUGCGUUUCGGGGAUCGGAUCAUGGCCAUCGACAGUUCGACAUGAACAUAAGUUUGAAUUUGGCCACCACAGAGGAAGUCGAAAUGGAAGACGUUGAGGCAGUCUCCAUCGAAGGAAACGAGUCAGAUCAUGAUCAGGUCGUGCAGGGCGUCUCCAGAAGCACCAUUGAAAAGCUCGAGAGGAAGAGCUGCUCUGUCCGGGACAGCGGUGGAUGCUGUUGUAUUUGUUUAGAGGAACUGAAUGGGGCAGACAAAGUGAUGGAGAUACCGUGUUCGCAUCUCUUUCACAGCAGAUGCAUCAUCAAGUGGCUGGAGAGGAACAAUUCGUGUCCGCUGUGUCGUACCAAAGUAGAAGUAGAAGAUCCAGAGUAG